AUGAUAUCAAUUCGGUACAAGGUACUCUUGCUGUGGCUACUUUUUUUCACAAUCGUACUCAGCGGAGUUAAAAGUGAAGAUGUCGAAAACUUUCAACCUGAAGGUUUCGAAGGAAGAAUUCUCAAUCCCAAGCUGGAUCGUAAUGGUUGGAAACCAUUGGGACAAGGUGAUCCCCUGAAAAACGAUCCAACAUUUGACUAUAGCCCUCCAGCUCUGGAAAGAGUUCGUUAUUGGGCUGAAAAUAAUAAAACAAAAGAUGAUGGUGGAAAGAAAAGCAAAUCGGACAUUCUUCUCCUUGGAGUUCCAUCCAAACGAGAAAACAUGAAAAAAGAACAAAAGUACACAUCGAUCAGAAGGAGUUACUAUGGUGGCAGUGGUGGUGGUGGUGGGAGCGGUAAUCUUCCAACUCGCCUUAUGCCACCACCAAUGCAAACUCUUCAACCGCAACGCAUGAAGACCUCAACAACGGAAAUGCAUCACUACCAAACCCAAUAUCCAUCCACGAAGAGCUACUAUUCUCCGUCAGGCUCAGGAAGCUAUCGCACCAAGUCCCCUUAUGAUACCAAAUAUGGAGAAUCUAAUAACUAUGUUAGUUAUUCUCGACCUGAUACAAAAUAUUCUAAUAUUCGGUUAAGUCCAAAUGACUUCAUUGGAAUGCAAUCACCUCGAAAGCCCUGGGUUCAUGAACUUCUUCAGAAGGAACUGAUCAAGCCAAGACCUAGUCCACCUUCUAAGCCACUUCAAACAACAUCGAUGAGAAAUGUUUUCGAAACACAUUCCCCACCACCAACAGUAUACAUAACAACAGCCUCAACGCCAAUUUAUAAUCCUCCAACAACAAUGCCAUUUGUUCCCACAACGACCACCAGCCAGAAGCCGGUGUAUCCGUCCUACAUGGCACCAACUGCUUACGACACUUUCUACCCAACUGCUCCGCCGAUUGACAUUACAACAGAAGCACCUCCUUCCGUCAAGCCACCAAUGAAUGGACACUUUGAAGUUUCCAUGUAUCAAAUUAUUGAAGGUCACUCAAAAGUUAAGACAUACGGCCAAAGUGACAACGAGACCUCCACUCAUGAGCCUAAGAUCGUCCCCAUCACUCCGCGACAGGAGUCUGUUGUACGUCAUGUUACUUCGUCUGACGACUUGCGUUUCACACAUCAAGUGAAACAUCUUCACACAAAGAAAAGUACCACGACGACGACUACUACAACAACCACCACAACUCCCAAGCCUAUUGCAAAUCAACUUUCAAAGGGAGAAAUGAAACCCUCUUCAAGACCACCUCCAGCUCUGGCUCAACAGAAGGCUCCCAUGCAAGGCUUGUUAAGUCUGCUGGAUUCUUCACUGGGAAACUUCUUCAUCGAUGAACCAACUGGCGAUGAAAUGGGUACAUUAUUCUCAGGACCUGCUCUAGACACUGAACCGACAAUUUUUGUCACCACGACAACCUCCUUACCGCCAACUGCUAUUGAAAUGGGUUCUCCUCGAAGCUCUCGACAAAUCUUUGAUUACGAUCAAUUACCAGAAUCUCGAUUAAAAGACUUAAAUGAAGAAGAAAUCGAUGGCGAAAGUGAUGUUUUGCCUAAAAAUUGGCUAAGAUCUUCACCUAACGAUGUUAAGGCAGAGGCAGACCAGGUUGAGGAAAGAUAAAAGACAAAUUGGGGAGUAUAAAUCAAAACAAAAUAUUUACAAUUAAUUUAAAAUGUUUAAAAGACUUCUUUCAUAUUUCUUAUGCUCUGAACCAAAUCUAUUUUCAUAAAAUAAUUAUUUUAUUAUUUAAGUUUAAUCUUAUUCAAGAAACGGGUGCUAAAAUAUAUUUUUGUACCUCAUAAAAUUCAAUCUAUAAGAAAAAAUACUUCAAACGAAAUAUUUUACCGUCAAAAUCUUAAAAACUUACAAUUGCCUUUCGAAUUUGUGUUGAGAUUAAGGAGAGUUGUAAAAACAUUAUUCAAACAUUUUUAAAUUUUAACUCACACACAAAUUUAUAAACUUUUGUUUGUGUAUUUUUUUUUUUUUUCAAAAAAUCGAAGGCAAAAAUAAAGAACUUUGUGUUUUGAACUUCUAGAAGAAAUUAUAAUCUUAACAUUUUGUUGUUUACAUUUUUCAUUAAACUUCUUAAGCUUAAAAUCAAAUAUUUUUUCAC